AUGCUGGAGGCCGAUCAGGCCACAGCGAGUGCAUCUCCCACUCGAGAUGAGCUUCUGGAGCGGCUGCUGGAGUGCGAUGUGGUCGUGUACAACAUCUCAGAAAAUGCAACACAACAGCAGGUUGAGGAGGCAACAUGGGCAAUAACAGCCCUCCAUGCUGAGAUGGAAAACUUCAAGACUCAGAAAAUGUUCAUCUUGGUCUCGACAGUUAUGACCUGGGCCAUGACCAAGCCACAGGACCCGGAGGAAACAGAUGCUCUGCUCACAGAGGAAGAGUUCAGGAGAAGACGACCUCAUCCCAGUUUCAAAAACCACAACAAUCUGGAGAAACUUGUGCUCAAAUUGGGCAAAGGGAAAAAGUCCAAACUCUCCAGUUAUGUUGUAACCAGUGGUCUUCAGUACGGACUGGGGGAGAAUCUCUUUCACCCCUUCUUCAAGGUAUCUUGGUUGAUGACAUUUCCAAAAGUUCCCAUCUUUGGAGAAGGCACAAACUACAUCCCCACGAUUCACGUCAAUGAUCUUGCAGGAGUGAUUCAAAACGUCAUUGAAGUGAAGCCAAAGUCAAAGUACAUCCUCGCUGUCGAUGAAUCUAUGAAAACCCUGGAGGAAAUUGUAAAGGCGAUAAGUGACACUCUUGGUCCCGGGAAAAUUAGCCAUGUGCCAGAGCAGGAAGCCAUAUUCAACAAGGCUUUCAAGCCCGAGGAGCUGGAGUACCUGAGUAUCAACCUCCGCCUGGACGCCUUCAUCAUAAAAGACUCCUUCAGCCUCCAGUGGACGUCUGAGUCUGGGAUGGUUGAGAACAUUGAGAGCAUCGUGGAGGAAUAUAAAGACACCAGGCAGCUACUUCCCAUUAGAAUCUGCCUGGUUGGACCUCCAUCUGUGGGUAAAACCACUGUUUCAGAGAAGCUCUGCAAUCAUUACCAGAUCCACCUCAUCCAGAUCAAAGAAGUGAUCGAGGAAAAGAUGGAACAACUGAAGGAGAUAGUGAAUGGAGCUGAUUCUGAAGAUGUGACUGAAGAGGAGGAUUCUGCUGCUCGAGCACAACUGGACAAUAUUAACCAAAGCAUGGAAAUGAAUGAAGGACGACUGGAUGACGAACUGCUUUUUAGCAUUUUACAAGAAAAGCUGAGUUCAAGGCCGUGUAUGAACCAAGGAUAUGUUCUGGAUGGCUUCCUGAAGACCUACGAACAAGCAAGUCAAAUUUUCCAGGAUGAGGACACAGAGGACCAGGAUGUGGAGGUGAAAACACCAGCGUACAACAAGAACAUCACUCCAGAGUAUGUCAUUGCCUUAGAAGCCUCGGAUGAUUUCCUGACAGAAAGAGUACAAGACCUCCCAGAAAGUGUUGCAGAGAAAAUGCGUUACACUCAUGAUGAAUUUGUCCCUCGCCUGACGAGAUACAGAAAACUUGGUACUGCUGAAGAUACGCUGCUGGACUACUUUGAUGAGCUUGAGAUUCAGCCUGAACACAUAGAGGUCACUACAAACGAUCCAGAGUGCAAAGAUUUGAUGAAGAAAAUCAUUGAGAUUGUGGGGACCCCCAAGAACUAUGGCCUGAGUCCAGAGGAGCAGGAGGAGGAGGACAGAAAGAAAGCGGAGGAGAGGAUGCAGAAAGUUGCUGCAGAGGCUGCUGAGAAGAAACGCAGGAAUGAGACUGCACUGGCUGAGAUGGCUGCUCAGUGGGAGGAGUGGCAGAAGAAUUUGUCGGAGGUGAAGAGGCAGGAGGAGGAGCUGCUGGAAGCUCAGUCUCUUCCUCUGAGGAACUACCUGAUGAAGUAUGUGAUGCCCUCUCUCUCUGAGGCCAUGGUAGAGUGCUGCAGGAUCAAACCAGAGGACCCCAUCGACUUCUUGGCUGAACAUCUCCUGCGGAACAACAAGGAUUAAAUGGAUUUCACGAAGAGAUGAUUUCAUUUCCAAAACAUUUUUGUUUUUAUCACAAAACAGAAAUGAAAUGAUCACAUUUUUUGCAGUGAGUAAUUUCACAGCAGGGAAAAGAGAAAUGUUUCCUAAUGAGGGUUUACACACAACAGUAAAUACUCUACUUUCAGAAUAAAACAAUACCAAGU